CUUUCGUGCCAGUCCAGUCCAGUACUCUGUGCGCAUCUCUCCUCCUUUUUCUCUCCCCUGAGCCGGAAAAAAGGCUUUCUUUGCUUCACGCGGGGCUUCGGAUAUUCGUUGUCCUCGCGGCUCAGCCACCGCGGAAUCCGUCCAGCGCAGCUCAGGGGAGGAAGCGGCCGAAGCUGGAGCUGGAAGAGCGGCUCGCCAUGGGCUCCGAGGGAUCCGCGCCGGUCGUCGUUCCCAGAAACUUUAGACUUUUGGAAGAACUUGAGAGAGGUGAGAAAGGCAUUGGUGAUGGAACUGUGAGCUAUGGGAUGGAUGAUGCUGAUGACAUAUAUAUGCGCUCCUGGACAGGAACUAUUAUUGGUCCACCCAAUACUGUUCAUGAGGGACGAAUCUAUCAAUUGAAGCUGUUCUGUGAUACAGAUUAUCCAGACAAACCACCGACUGUCCGGUUCCAGGCCAGGGUCAAUAUGACAUGCGUGAAUCAAGAAACUGGAAUGGUUGAUCCAAGAAGAUUCCCGAUGCUUGGAAAUUGGCAAAGGGAACAUACAAUGGAGGACAUCCUCAUCAGCCUUAAAAAGGAGAUGUCAACCCCUCAGAACCGCAGGCUCCACCAGCCCCAUGAAGGCAACGAUGAUCAGAGAGUGGAGCAGAAAGGGCUAGCAGCUAGAUGUGUCGUUAUGUAAGAUACGCGCAUUGCAAUGUACAGUGUUACACUGAGUAGCAUCAGAAUGCAGAAGCCGAGGAAACCCAGGAGGAAAUCAUGUAAUUUGACAGUUGCUAGUCGCUACUUCCGAUCGAAACUGCUCUAUUGCCGAAAUAAAAUGUCAAUGACUUCGUUA